AUGGGACCUCGUCCCGCCGAGACCUCGCUCACCGUCGCCCAGGAGUUCUUUCACUGGCUGCUGCAGCCGGUGCAACCGUUGCAGGCUACUAACUGCUAUGCCAAUGCCCCCGGCCAGUAUUACAACCAGGUGUGGUUCUUCCCUCGCAACAGCACCCCUGCUGACAUCCUGUCGGGCAACCCCAUUCCGUCCACCUGGGGCACCCCUGUGGCGGCAUUCAACAUGGGUAGCGACUGCUCGCCGAGCCACUUCUUCGACAUGCACCUCAUCAUCAACAUCAACAUCAACCUCUGCGGUAACUGGGCCAGUACGAACGUCGUGCAGAACGCGCCGGGCGCCUACAACGACGCCUUCUGGCGUUUCAAGGUCUACCAGUACCAGUUCUAG